CGUGAGAUUGAAUGACAUGAAAAAGGAGAGAGGCCUGCGUCAGUUGUUCUGUUAAGAAUUAUGAUUUUUGGGUGAGUCGACUGUGAGCUUGUGAUUCCAACAUGGAUGUGAAGAAGGAUGCAGGAGGAGGAGGCGUGCCAUGGUCGUCUACGGGAGUCCCCUCUGCUGCCUCCAGCUCUGGCUGCCUCAAGUGUGUUCUCAUAACCUGCCUCUUCAUCUUCCUUAUUGUAGGUAUCUGCGUAGGCCUUGUCAUAGCAUACUUGAUCCAGGAGCCACAUUAUUUUAUGGAGACGGUUGAGCUGAAAGGACUGAAGUACAAUUCUUCACUGCAGGAUCAGAACUCGGGUUUCUCAAUAAUCCUUUCCUCAGCUUUAGUGUCCAAGGUUAAAAACAUCUUCACUGCCUCAUCUAUAUCCCAUCACUAUGAUGACUGCAGCAUUAUUGCCUAUGGCGACAUUAAUGGUGAUGUGGUGGCAACAUUGAGAUUGGUAUUCAAGGUUUCCAAAAUCCAGCAGUAUUCAGAUAACUUUGUCCAGGACCUGCUGAGAGCAGGGCUCAGCUCUGUAAUGCACGGGAAACCCCUGGAGGUGCCAGGGUUUGGACAGAUCAAUGCUAUCCUCCUGUUAGGAGCCAGUGGGAAGUCAUUUUAUGUCAUUGGAGAUGAGAUGAUAGCUCGGUGUCCUGACAAUGCGUUCAGCUGUGACAAUGGAGAAUGUGUCACUAAAUUAAAUCCAGAGUGUGACUUCAUCCCUGACUGUGCAGAUAAAUCUGAUGAAGCUAAUUGUGCCUGCGGUUCCCGCCCAGCCAUGGGGGGUCGGGUGGUGGGGGGUGUGGAUGCCCGGACAGGCGAGCUGCCGUGGCAGGUCAGUCUGAGGUUUCAUGGACACCACACGUGUGGAGCCUCUAUCAUCAAUGGACGCUGGCUGGUCAGUGCAGCACACUGCUUUGAGAGCGUAAAUGAUCCCAGUGAGUGGGGGGCCCUGGUUGGGGCCACCCAGGUGAAGGGGAGAGAGUCAGAGUCCAGAACUGUUAACAUCAAGUCCAUAAUUCUGUCUCCACACUACAACCCCGUGACCAACGACAAUGACGUGUCUUUGCUGGAGCUGGAGACCCCUCUCACGUUCAACUCCUACAUCCAGCCUAUCUGCAUUCCCUCCUCUUCUCACAUCUUUGCCGCUGGUCAGAGCUGCGUGGUGUCCGGGUGGGGGGCACUACAGCAGUAUAGUGUUGCCGUGCCAUCCACCCUGCAGAAAGCAGUGGUGAAAAUCAUAGACUCCAAAGAGUGCAACAAAUCGUCCGUUUACAGAGGUGCUGUAACUCACAACAUGAUGUGUGCUGGAUUCCUGCAGGGCAACGUGGACUCGUGUCAGGGUGACUCUGGAGGACCUUUGACAUGUGAAGGAGCCCCAGGGAAGUUCUUCUUGGCUGGGGUGGUGAGCUGGGGUGUGGGAUGCGCUCAGAUCAACAGGCCUGGAGUUUAUUCCCGCCUCACCAGGCUCCGAAACUGGAUUCUGAAGCACACAAAUCCCAGCUUGGUCCAUGAGGAUACCCAGUAUGUUCCCACCAUACCAGUUCCAGUGACAGAAGGGGCCGCCGGUAAUCUGCCAGUGUCCAGGAGUGUGUUGUCUGUACAAGCAUCACCUGCCAAGAACUGCAGUGGGAACUUCCAGUGCAGCUCCACAGUCUGCAUCAGCAAAGUCAACCCUGAGUGUGACAAGGUCCCCGACUGCCCCAAUGAAGUCGAUGAAAGAAACUGUGACUGCGGUGUGCGUCCUGCACUGGGCUCCCAUAAGAUUGUAGGAGGAGUGACGGCUCGCAGGGGAGAGUGGCCUUGGAUUGGCAGCCUCCAGUACCAAAGACUUCACCGCUGUGGUGCCACGCUGAUUCACAACAAGUGGAUACUGACUGCAGCACACUGCUUCAAAGGUGACCCCAAUCCCUCUAACUGGGCUGUCAGCCUGGGAUCUGUGCUGCGAUCUGGAGUAGCUGCCCUGGUCAUCCCUAUACAGAGAGUGAUCAUCCACCCAGCUUUCAACGGCACCAACAUGGACUAUGAUGUGGCUCUGUUGGAGCUGGCAGCCCCGGCCACCUCGUCCAACACCAUCCAGUCUGCGUGUCUGCCCUCGCCAGUGCACCGCUUCCUGCAGAGCACAGAGUGCUACAUCGCAGGAUGGGGCUCAGUCCGGGAAGGAGGUUCGUUGACCAACCUGUUGCAGAAAGCUUCAGUGAGCAUCAUUGACCAAGAGCAUUGCCAGCAGUCUUAUGGAAACAUGCUAAGUCCUAACAUGAUGUGUGCUGGAUUCAUGAAGGGAGGCACAGACACCUGUUUGGGAGAUUCUGGAGGCCCGCUGACUUGUCGUCAUGUCUCUGGCCAGUGGUUUGUUGCUGGAGUGACCAGCUGGGGACAUGGAUGUGGCCGAAGUGGUUUUCCAGGGGUUUAUACUCGCGUGACCUCUUUCAGGAAAUGGAUUUCUUCAUACCUACCUUUCUGAAGUGCCUGAGUGGGGGAGGACUGGUCACAGUGACUUUGAACAAUGCAUCUUCUUUACUGUACUGUAAAAGUCAUAUCCAGACAGGUACAUACUCAGUUAACACAGAACUGGCCUGUUGACCAACCAACCAUGGGUGCUGUUUUUAAUACUGUGCAAUUGUCUAUGCAUGGAUCAUUAUUUUUUAACAAGUAUUGAAAUAAACAAUCAAGGGCUGUGGUUAUGGACAUUUAGCCAACAUAUGCAUGACAGAAAGUAUUUAUUACAAUUAUUUAUUUUCCUGACUGGUAAAAAAAAAAAACUGGUAAAGGUCUUUUUUGUAUUUUAUUUUGUGUUUGUUUCAGAAAAUACAUCAAUCAGUCAUAGCAUUAAAACCCCUAACAGGUGAAGUCGUGACAAGCAUUACCUAAUUUACAACAUUCCCUGCUGGGAAUCUUUACACCCGGAUAUUUAUGUGGAUGUCCCUGACAAAUAUCAUCUCCUUCUGUGUUCAUGCCAAAUAGCAGGAGGUGCAUCCUGGCACACCCCAAAAGCCUCUCAGGAAUAUCUUGAAAAAUAUUGUAGUCUUGAUAUGUUGAGCCACCUUUCAAACUGGAAAGAACAGGAAUGUUGAAACAGUUUCAACAGAUCUCACCAAACAUCCCCCAUGACCCAAACAAAUAUGUCACACACCACACAGGACAUCCCCAAAGGUCCAGCACACGUGAACAGGCUCGUCAGAGCUCUCUGACACCGUCAUGCCGGUUGGUUUUUAAUGUUGUGGGUGAUCGGGAUAUAUGGAGCCUUUUAUGGGUACAUUUUGCUGUUUUUGUUGUUUUUUUCCCCGCAUGGUUGCUUGGUAAAAUAAAAAAAAAGAUUAAAUGUAAUAAUUUUCACGAAUGGUAUAUCUUCUUGGGGGAAGUUCAGUGUAAAAAGGUGAUGUCAGAAUCUGCUUUAAGUGAUUCAUCCUUUUACUUGAGAUUUCCAAAUGGAACCUGUGUUUCGUCCCUUUUUUUUUGACAAAUAAAAACAAU